AUGACCUCCGGCAACAUGAUGAACAGGAUUAUCUUCUACGAGGAGAGGAACUUCCAGGGCCGCUCUUACGAGUGCAUGAGCGACUGCCCCGACAUGUCCUCCUACCUGAGCCACUGCCACUCCUGCAAGGUGGAGCGCGGCUGUUUCGUGGUCUACGACCGCACCAACUUCAUGGGGAACCAGUACUUCAUGAGGAGGGGCGAGUACGCCGACUACAUGAGCAUGAUGGGCAUGAGCGACUGCAUCCGGUCCUGCCGCAUGAUCCCCAUGCACAGGGGCUCCUUCAGGAUGAGGAUCUACGAGAGGGACAACUUCCAGGGUCAGAUGCACGAGCUGAUGGAGGACUGCGAGAACGUCAUGGACCGCUACAGCAUGGCCAACUUCAUGUCCUGCAACGUGAUGGAGGGCCACUGGCUGAUGUACGAGCAGCCCCACUACAGAGGAAGGAUGAUGUACAUGAGGCCCGGAGAGUACAGGAGCUUCAUGACCAUGGGUGGCAUGGGAGGCAUGAGGUUCAUGAGCAUGAAGCGCAUCAUGGAUUCCUGCCACUAG